AGCAAACGUUACAGCUUCAGCUAUACAAAUUUAAUACUGCGCUUCAACAUGUCGUCCAGUGAGCUAUAUCGUUACUACUACAAGACCUCGGAGGACUUGCAGGGCUUCAAGUCGAGCGCUACGGAGCCGUUCUUCAAUCCCAUGGCUGCUUAUAAUCCAAGUGUAACACACUAUCAAUUCAAUGGCCAGUCGUUGGCCAACUCCAGCAGCUACUUGUCUGCCAAUGGCUUUAUAAGCUUUGAGCAGGCCAGCUCCGAUGGCUGGAUCACCAGCUCGCCCGCCAGUCAUCGCUCUGAAAGUCCCGAGUAUGUUGAUCUGAAUACAAUUUACAACAGCGCCGCUUGUCUGCCGCAGUCACAGCAGCAAUUCUCGCUGCCACUGGAGCAGCAGCAACAACAACAACAACAACAACAACAGACGCCGCCAGCGCCGCCUGCUAUUGAGCUUAUGGGCUCAUCCAAUGUAGGCACCUGCAAAACUGUGCCCACAGCCACCAAAGCCAAGCGCAGCUACACGCGCAAACAGCAGCCCAGCCAAGUGGCUGCUCCAACUGCCACCGCCAGCGCUCCAACCACUGAUGCUGCAAUCUAUAGCGAUGACUUUCAAAACUUUGGCUUUGACAACUCCGCAUUAUUCGAUGACAGCGUUGAUGAUGAUGAUGACAUGAUGCUGUUCGAUGAUGACUUCGAUGGCGAUUUGCUUGGCGAUGGCGACAGCGAGGAUGCAGCUAAUAGCUCUGGUGCCGGCACUGGCAAGAAACGCCGCAACAAGCAAAUCUCACCUGUAGUCAAACGCAAGCGUCGUCUGGCCGCCAAUGCACGUGAGCGUCGCCGCAUGCAGAAUCUGAAUCAAGCCUUUGAUCGCCUGCGUCAGUAUCUGCCCUGCCUGGGCAACGAUCGUCAGCUGUCCAAGCAUGAAACGCUGCAAAUGGCGCAGACCUAUAUCUCAGCAUUGGGCGAUCUGCUGCGUUAAGUGCAGCAGCAGCCAAAGCAGUUGCAGCUAUAAGCCAAACGUUGUACCUUUUCGUUGCCACCCCCCCGCCGCACCCCUCUUUAGUGUAUAUAUUGUUCUCGAACU